AUGGAGAACGGUGCAAAAACUGUUGUUGAACUGCAAGACAUCUUAAGUGAGAAACAAUUGGAACAUAUUCUCAGCAAGACAGCUAAACUAGGAGCUAAAAUUGUUGGCUAUGAUCUCAAAUCAGCUUCGGAAGGUAUUGCUGGAUUCCUUGGGGAUCACUUAAGGCUGACACUUUAUGUAAAAGAGGAUUCAGUCAAGAAGAUACAUUUGUUUAUAAAAACUUUACCUAUGAAUAAUCAACCAAAGGUGGACAUGAUCAUGGAAAACAAUUUUUACACAAGAGAAGCUUUACUUUAUCAACUUUUCGAUGAUAUCGAUGACGCUGAAGAUUCCAACCCCUGGCGACCAAAAGCUUAUAUCUAUAGUGACAAAAUGUUGGUAAUGCCCGACCUUUCUGUAGAAGGAUAUAAGUCAUUUCCUGUUGCGGAAUAUUUCGACACAGACCACAUUAUGAUUACUGCGACAUCCGUUGCUCGCUUCCACGCAGCCUUCGCCAACUACGCGACAAAGAGAACCAUCAAUGAGAAUAAACCCUACAACUUCCUCGAGGAAUACGGCCAUCUCAUGAAAUCAUCAAUAUUUGUCGACCUGCAAUGGUCACGGGUUACUGGUAAAGUAUCUAGCGAUUUACUGAAGGAAUUUUCUACAAAUAUCAAAAAUUACCCAGCUGAUCUAGCAGAACGGUUUGCUAAGUUAUGCCAAAAGGCUAAUAUGAGUUUGAAAGAAUAUGAUAAUACUUUAAACGUUAUUGUUCAUAAGGACCUCUGGUUCAACAACAUCUUGUUACGUUACGAUUCCGGAAACAAACCCACCAAUGCUAUUUUAUUAGACUAUCAGUGCAUGCAGUAUGGUCCACCAGCCUUCGACAUAAUGUUACUAAUCCACUUAACAACUACUAGAAGCUACCGAGAGCGUCACGAAAGCGAAGUGCUCCGUCGUUAUUAUACAGUCUUCUCAGAAUCGGUAGAUGAUGAUACGAAGCAGAGACUGGCUGCACUGAAUUAUGAUUUCGAUCAUUUCCUAGUCUGGUGCGAGAAGGCUCGAAUGUUUGCGAUGCUGUACACAGCAUUCUUAUUUCCUUACAUUCUAAUGGAUCCACUCCAAGCUCAGAAGACUUUCGACGAUCCAGAAACUUUUCAGGACCUUUUAUUAGUAGAUCGAUCGCCGCCAGUAAUUGAACAUGCGAAAGUGAAUGACGUUUAUAGAAACAAACAGUUGGAUAUAAAUGAAGAAAUAUUUGAAAAAUAUAUCCUAGGCUAG